AUGGCAUUGAAUCCGAAUGAAAGUCCCUCGGCAGGCGUGAUACCGACACACGAGAAUGAAGCCGAAAGGUCGUCUGCACAAGGAAACGAAGAGCAACCAUUAUUGCAAUCAGAUCCAGUUCCUGCGACUUGGAGCCCACCGCCAGGGUUUCUACUGAUCCAAAUCGGUAAGUCAAAAUCAAAGUCCAUACAUGAUCAAGCAGAAUUUGACGAUUUAACAGCAAUCAUGGCCAAUGUAUUUCUUGGUGGCUUUGACGGCACCAUCACUGCCUCAACUUAUGCUGUGAUCAGCUCCGAGUUCAACGCCGCAAACACUGCUUCGUGGCUGACUACCUCGUACUUGAUCACAAGCACGGCGUUCCAGCCUCUUUAUGGCCGAUUCUCCGAUAUCCUCGGUCGCCGGUCUUGUUUCUUUACUGCAACCGUCACCUUCAUGGUUGGUUGUUUAGGAUGUGGCGUAGCCCGCGAUGUAAUCUUUUUGAACAUCAUGCGCGCCUUGACGGGCAUCGGAGGCGGAGGAUUGAUGACUAUGGGCAAGCGAAUGACCUCUCAACUGACACAUCGAUCACUAACAAGUAUCCUAGCGACAAUCAUCAACUCGGAUAUCAUUCCCUUCCGCCAACGCGGUAUGUACCAGGCAAUCCAGAACGUCUCAUACGGCUUUGGAGCCAUUUGUGGUGCUUCUUUUGGAGGUGCCAUCGUUGACUCGAUCGGGUGGCGCUGGUGCUUCCUGCUCCAGGUUCCAGUCUCCCUAUUUGCUUUGAUCAUGGGCUACAUCGUUUUGAAGUUCCCAUCACGCAACACCGAAUCUUCCCCAGAUCGGCAAACCCAAGGUAUUUGGCACCAAAUUGAUGUUCUGGGCGCUUGUCUGCUCAUUCUGGCUCUCUCGGCUCAACUGGUCGGACUCAGCUUGGGUGGUAACAUUCUCCCUUGGACUCACAUGUGGGUAAUUCUACCUUUGGUCUCUAGUGUGAUAUUGCUGGCCGCGUUUGUCGCUGUUGAAGCGAAAACCACCGCGGCUCCUUUGAUUCCAUUGAAGAUGCUACGGGGACAGCUCGCGGUAUCCACACAGAUCGCCAAUGUCUGUGUUGGGAUGGCAGCAUACGCAUACCUCUUUACUCUACCUCUCAUGUUUCAGGUCAUUCUCCUCGAUUCACCAAGCAAGGCUGGUACCAGACUGGUGGUUCCCUGUCUAUUCACCCCACUAGGUGGUCUUGUAGCAGGAAUCAUCAUGUCACGCUGGGGAAGACUGGCCUCCAUUGUGCGCGUCGGCGCGGGCCUAAUGUUCGUGGGCAAUGUGCUCGUCAUGCUCCUUCGAUUCAACGACUCGCAAUGGAAGUAUUUCGCCUAUGUCAUUCCUGCCAAUCUUGGUCAGGGGAUGGUGUACCCAGGAAUCCUGUUCACAUUCCUAGCGGCCUUCGAUCACGCUGAUCACGCCGUCUCCGCCUCAACCGUUUACCUCAUCCGCUCCCUUGGAACCGUUUGGGGCGUCGCAGUGACCGCCACAAUUAUGCAGAAUACACUUAACUCAGGCCUCGAGGAGGCCUUGAGUGGAAUACCAGACAAAUGGAAAGUGAUUGACGAGAUCCGCCACUCAGUCUCGGCUAUUUAUGAUCUCCCCCCGGAUGUCCAAAUGGCCGCUCGAAUAGUGUACUACCGCGGGAUCAGACUCUCUUUCAUGGCCUCCGCCAUCUUUGCUUUUAUCGCAACAGGCGCUUCUAUCUUCACACGUGGAAAGGGUCUAGUGCGCGCGGGCGGCAAGUAA